AUUCGAGAAAUUUUUCAGUGGCGGAUGGGUACCACGUGAUCCGCUCGACACAUUUUAGCCGUCCGAUGCGAUUUUGAAUGGCUCGAAUUUAGAGGGAGAAAGAAGAGGGGUGAGAGGAGAGAGAAUAUUUUAAUUUGAACCUUUUAAAAAUACAUCAGACAGCUCAAGAAUGCUGCGCAGACACUACAUGAAAUAUACCCGCUCGGCACUGAAAAAUUCUCUCCUCUCCUUCUCUUCUCUCUUUAAAAUCUCUCUCCCCUGUCCCCACUCCUGCAAUUACACUUCUCUCGCAGUACUCGUUGGGAAAUCCAAUACCUUACUACUACUUCCGAGACCCGAGACGACGACCGCCGACGGCUAACGCGCGCCAUGAGCUUACUCGACCAGCUCUGGGACGACACGAUCGCCGGCCCACGGCCUGAUAAAGGCCUCGGGAAGCUCCGGAAACAGCCGACGUUUACGCUCCGGGCGUUGAGCUCCGGCAAGGAAUCGGACGGCGGGAGUGUGGAGGAGGGUGUUAGGGUGACACGGAGCAUCAUGAUAGUGAAGCCUCCCGGUGUUACUCAGAACGAUUCGCCUCCGGUUUCUCCUGCGGGUUCUACAACUCCGGUAUCUCCUUUCUCUGGUGGAAGAGAGGCUUACCGAUUUCGGAGGAGGUCUAUAUCGGACGUUUACGAGAAAGCAAACGGGACCGGAUCCAGAAGCGCUCCUCCUCCUCCUCCUUAUGGCAUGUGACAUUUGAGAUCUCUUCUCUCAUCAAUCGAUAGAAAAUGUCCCCGUACCUUCCUGUUUUUAGCCACUUUUGAGUUGAAAAUGUGUGUUUUGGUCAGCUUUGUAAAUAUUGGGUGAGCUAUUGUAUGCAUGUAAGCUUGUUUGGAACUUGCUCUCAGGGUGUGGAGGUUUUCUAUGUCAUUUUUGCUAUUGUAUGCAUGUAAGCUUGUUUGGAUCUUGCUCUCACAAUUGACUCAUUUUCGUUGGAGUGAA